UUCACCGGAAACCCCUCCCACAGGCUAACAUACCGUUUCCAUGACAACAUCAAGCCAUACCAGACGACUGGUUCGGCUUGGUUCAAGGCUUGGUGGUGAAACUGGUCAUUCAGAAACCAAAAAUAAGGAGAAGUGGGGAUGUCCGAUAAAGAAAAACAGCAAAGGAAAGAGAAGAGGGUAGUCAAGGUGCCUUCUAACGGGAGAGGCAAAGACACAACUGGCAGGACUAAGGACUCUAUAAGCACUGUGUCAUACAUUGAUGAACUGGGACACCACGAUGACAACGCUCGCCUUGCUCCAACAAUGGAGAACACCUACCAGAUGGGACCUUACAAACGCUUCCCUGCCAAGGCUGCCACAGACAUACUGAAGGACGUCCUUACCAGUUACCUCCAAGAGGAGAAAUAUGAAGUAGAGUGGUCUCAAAAAAUGACCAAAACAUUGUGUGAGGUAAUAAGAGCCCGCAUGAAGGAACUAAUGAUCCCCAGAUACAAAAUUGUCAUCUUGGUCCACAUCGGUCAGCUCACCGGGCAAAGCAUGCAGAUCAGCAGCCGCUGUCUGUGGGACGCGUCUAAUGACACUUUCGCCUCGUACUCCUUCAAGAACAGUUCUCUGUUUGGCUUGGCGACUGUUUACGCUGUUUACUUUGAGUGAACUCUCUCUUUCUGUGCUCUGUUUUUGAGUAGUUGUAAAGGAAUUUAAAACAAAUCUUAACCAAA